UCCUAUUCACUAAUUGACGAAUCAAGUUCAUCAUUAGAUAGUUCAACUCUAGUUUCUGAAACUGAUUCUCAAUCAACUAUUGAAUCUGAAUUGAAUAAUGAUGUAGAAAGUUCUGAAAUUGAUUCAUUUUAUUUUGAAGAAACACAGCAAGACAAUAGUGAUAUGAAUAGUAAUAUAGAUGAGAAAAUAAAUAGUAAUGCAGAUUAUAUAAAUGAUGAU